GUACAGAGCCCUGCGGGACUCCACUAACAACACUGGUCCAAUUAGAAAAUGUUCCAAUUAUUUCCAUAAUAUCUAAAUUCGUUCUCUUAUGAUUUCAGCUUCAAACAAUCUCUACAAAACAUAAAACAAAAAACAAUGAAUUAUUUCAAGAAACAACAGAUUGAUGAUAUAGAUAUUGAGAAAAACAAGACUGAUGAAGAAGAAGAAGAAGAAAAGAUGGAAGAACAAGAUUCCAAUAGAUCCGUCUUUCGCCGUUCCGUGUCAAUCAUCGUAAUUCUCGGUUUGCUUGUGGUGGUUAAUACCUUCACCGAUGUGGUUUUUGAGGGUUCGUUAAACGGGAUGAAAGAAGAACAUGAACACUUUGAAGAGAAGCCAUGGAUUAUAAGGAAAAUAUGUCCCGUCGCUGGAAUAGUAAUUGCGUCGUUGUUCGGCUUGUUAUGGGGCAAAUACAGUAGUUCACAAAUACUUGUUGGAGCUGUUGCGACACGGAUAAUAUUCUCCAUUGCCAGUUUAUUCAUUCCAAAUAAGGGAUUUUGGAUCUUAGUCAUCUUUAAAAGUGUAACGAGCUCAAUAAGAGGCGGCUAUAUGACGAAUGCACCCCUGAUCACCGCUGACCUUUUCUACAGAGAAACUCGAAUGAAACUACAGUGCAUCAUUUGUAUUCUUUAUUCUAUGGGAUGUGUCCUGGGGAGCAUUUAUGGACAAAAUAUGAUCACAUUUUUGAAUCCCAAUUGGCGCCACAUACUGCUGCUGGAUGCCGGAAUUUCCAUCGUUGCUCUGCUACUAAUAUUGUGUAUACGGUCCAGGAGUCCAAAAAUAUGCGGCUUGGUGAUCAAUCCUAAAAAAUACCCGAAGAAAAGAAGCAUCAUGUCAAAUAUAUUGGCUUUGAUUGUAAACCGCAGCUUGAUUUGCUCCGUCACCGGUUAUGCAGCUGCUUCUUGUGUUAGCACAGGCAUAUUUAUGUGGGCCUUCUCCAUAAUGAAGAGAGUACACAAUGUGAACAAGCCGUGUAACUCAUUUAUCUGCACUUUGGAUUACAACGUGCAAUAUGAAUUGCUCAACUGUGUGUCCACCAUCGUGGGAACUACAUUGGGCACAGUGAUCAGCCACUUUUUCAAAAAGACGAAUCUAAAAGCACAUCCGAACCUGUGCCUCAUAGGACUUUUCCUCGCUGCUCCCCUUCUCUGCGGGGGUAUUAUUUCCAUCAAGAGAGAUCUCUUCACAGCCCAAAUUCUCUUCCUUUUAAGUGGGAUUUUCUUGUCUCUGAACGAGAUCUCGACAAAUGAAAUUAUUAUGACAACAGUGAUUCCAACCAGCUACAGUUGGGCAUAUUCCGUAAAGUCAGUUGGAAAAUCAGCUGCAAAUAAUGGGGUUCCAGUAAUUUUCAAUAAGAUCUUUGUAAAAGUGAUAAAAGUCAACCAACAUUCUGAACUGUUCCAGAAUAGUAUGGAGUAUGUGAUCUUGAUUUGCCCAUUCAUGGCUUUGAUCGGCGCUGGCCUGUUUACAAUGACAACUAAAUAUAUUGAGGAUGAUGAGAAGGCAGUUCAGCAAUAUUUAAACCCACCAGACCUUGCGGAAGUUCUUGAAUCUUCAGACUGAAUGGCAUAUUACUUCCAUAGCCCAGGGGAAUGCUCUACUGUUUUACAACAAAGACUCACAAGAAAAUGCCUUUUUUACAAAUCUUUAUUUUGUAUAUAUUUUUUAUUAUAUAUUUGUUAUAG